CAUAACCCUGGUCCGACCCCCGCUCUUCUUUAGAUGUCAUUGUCCGACAGCAAUGCCGGCGCAAACCGAUCCUCCUCCUCCUCAUGAUCGCAACAAGAUAAACGAGCAGCAAAGCAAGAUGAUGGCGGGGAAAUAUCACGGGACCAUUUAUCAUCUCUUUAGGGACAUUUCUUUAUUAUAAUAACGUCCGCCAUCAGGACUUGCCUUUCUCUUCACAUCAGCACCCAUCUCGUCUCGUCUACAACAAAUAGAUUCCUUAUCUUAUCUGUAUAAGACAAACUUCCAAAAAUGGCAUUUGGCGCUGCCCACCUCCAGCUUUGGCUGGGGGCCUUGGUUGUCCUCGGAGCUGUCUACACAUCAUGCCUCAUCUUCUACCGCCUCUUCCUCCACCCCCUCGCCAAAUACCCCGGCCCCUUCCUCGCCAAGCUGACCGACGGCUACAUGGCCUACCACGCCUUCAAAGGUGACCGGCACCUCGAGUUCUGGCGCAUGCACGAGAAAUACGGCAAAUUCGUCCGCUUCGGGCCCAACUCGCUCUCCGUCAACUCCAACACGGCCCUCAAGGACAUCUACGGCUUCAAAGCCAACGUGCGCAAAGCCGAGUUCUACGACGCCUUUGUCCACCCGGCCCCCAACACCCACAACGCGCGCGACCGAGACCUGCAUGCCCGCAAGCGGCGCGUCCUGGCCCACGCCUUCUCCGAUUCCGCCGUCAAGGAAGUCGAGCGCUACAUCCUGUCCAACAUCCGCACCUUCUGCGACGCCAUCGGCGAUCUCGGCCGCUCCAGCUUCGCUCCACUCGCCGACAAGAAGGGUUGGUCAUCACCGAAAAACAUGUCCGACUGGUGCAACUGGCUAGCCAUGGACAUCCUCGGCGACCUCUGCUUCGGCAAAGCCUUCCACAUGCUCGAGCACCCCGACAACCGCUACGCCGUCGACCUUGUCUCCGUCGCCGCCCACCGCCACCUGAUCUGCGGCACCAUGCCCAUGCUCGACAAGCUCUCGCUCGACCGCGUAUUCCUGCGCAAAAUCGCCUCCGGCCGCGCGCAGUACAUGGCCUACAGCCGACAACAGCUCGCCGAACGCACCGCCCUGGGCGACGAGACCGACCGCCGCGACUUCUUCUACCACCUGCUCAAAGCCCGCGACCCCGAAACAGGGCAAGGAUUCACCACCCCCGAGCUCUGGGGCGAGUCGAACCUUCUAAUCAUCGCCGGCUCCGACACUACCUCCACCGCCAUGGCCGCGACACUAUUCUACCUCGUCCGCAACCCUACCGCCAUCGCCCGCGUCACCGCCGAAAUCCGCUCCCGCUUCGCUUCCGUUGAAGAUAUCCACCAGGGCCCUAGCCUGCAGAGCUGCACCUACCUCCGCGCUUGCAUCGACGAAGCAAUGCGCUUGUCCCCCUCCGUCGGCGGUCUCCUUCCUCGCGAAGUCUUGCCCGGUGGGAUAACCAUCGACGGCGAGCACGUUCCCCAAGGCACCAUCGUUGGCGUGCCGCAUUACACUAUCCACCACAACGCUGCUUACUACCCCGAUCCUUGGUCAUAUACCCCGGAGCGCUGGCUACCCACUUCUUCCUCCACCCCCUCUGAAAAAGUUCCCGGCACCACAACCGACGACCAGCUCCACCUAGCCCAAUCAGCCUUCUGCCCCUUCUCCAUCGGCCCGCGCGGUUGUAUUGGUAAGGGAUUGGCGUACAUCGAGAUGAGCAUUACCCUGGCGAGGGUGUUGUUCCUGUAUGACUUGAGGAGGGCGGUCGGGGUGGAGGAUCCGGCGGAGGGAGGGAAGGAUGGGGCGGAGUAUGGAAGACAUCGCGUGGGGGAGAUGCAAUUGGUUGAUACAUUUACUAGUACCAAGGAGGGGGUAAUGGUUGAGUUUAGGCGGAGGGAGGAUAUUGCUGCGUAA